AUGACAGAGGUGUCAAGUCAUCAUAGAACCCGAAAAUGUCGUCGACGUGAGGUAGCGAAUCCAGCAAACACUUUGGAUGGCUUGGUCGCCAAACGUGCUGAUGAUGUCGAGGCUAGAGAUGGCCUGCAUAAACGUUAUUUAACCGAAGCUGAAGCAAUCGAAGCCCCAAUCGAUGAUCAGGAAAUGAAAAUUUCUAAUCCUGACGUGUCAACGAGGACCUGUUCCGUUUGUGGUUAUCAGGGAAAAUGGGUUUCGGAAAUGAUCAGACACAAGCGCGUACAUACUAAUGAAAGACCAUUUCGUUGCAAAUACUGCUCUCGGACAAGCAAAUGGAAAGCUGACCUCGUUAGACAUGUUGCUAAAACGCAUGGAAUACGAGUGGUUUCAAAAUAUAGCCGAAGUAAAACCUUUCAUAAUAGCACUUCAACAUUCAACACGAUAAAUAGUAGAAGUGAAUCAAAUGAAAAAAAUCGAAAUUGUUCAGAGAUAAUCACAGAUUUGAAAAAUGAUAAUGACAUUGUGGUAAGAUGCCGGAAACCUAAAACACAUGCACUUCCGAUCACGUAUCGAUGCAUUAUUUGCUUAUUUGAACAGGAUUCAAUGCUUGUUUUGAUAAGUCAUUUGAAGAAUGCGCAUAAUGCACUACCGUAUGAAUGCCAUUCAUGUGGUAACUCGUUUAUGGAUGCUCAUACCACUAUAAAACAUUUCCUCGAAAAGACAACUUGCAAAAGAAUUGAUCUCAAAAUUAAUAUUGCGCCCUCCCAUACUGUAAAAAAUAAUUUUAAUUUAAAGCCAUCAUUUGCAUUCCUUGAUGAAGCUGCCAAACGAGCUGCUCAAGAACUGUUUAGUAAAAGUACGGUAAUUCCUUCACCAACCAUAUUGACUAAAAAUGCAUCGCAAAAUGUAGCUUUGCCAUCGAAACCAGCUGGUAAGUAUGAAAUCAAACAGCCAAAUACACAUGACAAUAAUCGAAAAGAAAUAACCUAUAAUUGUAUAUUUUGCAACUGGACUGCAAAAAAUAUAUGUGUCAUGGAAGAGCAUAUACGCAUGCAUGCAACAAACCCAUCAUUCCUGAUUCAACCCACAGAUAACACUACUGCGAACUACUUUGAAACUCAGAUGAAAGUGAAUGCGGGCAGUACCGCUACGACAAAACAGGUAUUAGGAACAUCAAGGUUUUUUGAUUUUGGAGCACUAAUAUCACUACUGAAACAACAAACUGCCUUCGAUCCACUGCUUUCGAUAAGAACACUAACAUCAACUCCGACAUUGCCAUCAGAGUGGAUGGCACCCGGCCCCUCAGCUUUCAAGCAAGUAAUUCCGAUUCCGGAACAGAUUGCACCAGUUAAAGACUUCUCAUCCUAUUCAGGAAUUUAUGGAAUCCAACAAAAACAGGCUACCGGGCAACUUUAUUCUUUAUUCUCUGAUAUCGUUGAUAAUAUUUCAUGCAAUUCAGUUACAGUAAUUUCAAACUGCAGUUGUGAAAGUCGUUCUAAAAACUUUUGUUCCAUGAAUACCACCUCAUCGCAUAUACCAAAAGAGUCAAGCGUAAAUUCUAAUGUGUCCAGUGAUCAUCAUCACCUAACCCAUCAUAGCACAUCACCAUCACUUAUCAACUCAUCAUUACCCAAUCACUACAUUUCUGAGGGCGUUAUCAAAGCUAUUCAACAUUAUUGCCAACGACGCAACGCAUUGUUUUCACCAAUUCUUACAGCGGUAAAUAAAACCCAAAGAUUGGAUGGCUUUCCAAAGUCAUUAGAAGAUAAAACGGGCCAGAAAAAUGAGCUAGAAAUAGCUCACGACCGAGAUACAGCGAGAAACGAUGAAGACGAUUUUGUUGAUGUUGUUCAACUUGAUAAUUGA